AUGCACGGCAUUUCCACUUGUCUGUGCCCCUAUGGGGCAGCCUCUGCCCACCCAACAAGUCGGAGAGAGCAACGCGAAUCGUCUGCCAGCCCAGGCAACCAUAAAAAUCAGCCAUGCACGGGCUGCUACAAUAGCUCAACGCGACUUGUUGCAGGAGCUUCACCCCCCUCCUGUUGCGCCGGUGCUCAUGUUAAGACACCUGCUCUUCGCAGUAACCGAACAUGCGGUAGUGCACCCCCAGUAGCAGGUUCUCACGGUGGCUGUACUGCUUUAGACCGUUCCAGUCGUCACACGGACAGGCUGACUGGAGACACAUUCUUGCAGGAAGAAGGUUCGCAAUGGAAGUUUAAACGAGAAGGGUUUAUUCUCUCCUUUGCUGGGCCACUCACGGACUCAUAUGAUGUCGAACCAAGAAAACUUGGCCAGGGAACAUACGGCAGUGUCUGCAGAGCAGUGAACAAAGCAACAAAAACAGUACGAGCUGUAAAAACAAUCAGCAAGAGCAAGGUUCGAAACGUGAAAAGGUUUAAGCAAGAAAUAUCAAUCAUGAAGUCCCUCGAUCACCCGAAUAUUAUAAAGUUGUUUGAAACAUUCGAAGAUCAUAAAAAUGUAUAUCUCGUGAUGGAACUCUGUAGAGGCGGAGAACUUUUUGAUCGUAUCAUAGAGCAAGGUUAUUUCUCGGAGGCACACGCGUGCUAUAUCAUGCGCUGCAUUCUGGCAGCUCUCUUCUAUUUACACAAGCAUGGCAUUGUGCACCGAGAUCUCAAGCCGGAGAACUUCAUGUUCCUUGACAAGGGAAAAGACGCGCCGUUCAAAAUAAUCGACUUUGGGCUUGCAACCCGCUUCAGCAGCAACGCAUUCAUGUCCACGCGGGCGGGCACGCCAUUUUAUGUGGCGCCCCAGGUUCUGCAGGGAAAAUACACUUACAAGUGCGACAUGUGGUCAGCUGGCGUCAUCAUGUACAUACUCUUGUGUGGUUACCCCCCAUUUCAUGGGGAGAACGAUGCGGAAAUUCUUUCCCGGGUGAAAGUUGGGAGAUAUAGCUUUAACGAACAAGACUGGAGAGGUGUCUCAAAUGAGGCGAAAGACCUUGUCCGGAAGCUCAUGGCAUUUGACCCGCAGCAGCGACUGUCGGCCGAGCAGGCUCUCAACCACCCAUGGAUUAAACAUUUCUCUGCCCCAGCCAACCCAGCAUCUGACGCCCCGUUCAGCCACACCAUGUUGGAGCGCUUCAGAGUAAGCCCGCGCGACCACCCGAUUUCAGCUAGCUACUACCUCGGAAGCGUGCAGGGCUUUCAAGCACUCUGCAAAUUAAAAAAGGCGGCGCUGACAAUUAUCGCACAGCAAAUGAACGAGUCACAGAUUGAGUUACUUACUCAAACUUUCCUUGCUGGCCUAAAGAAGGCAGGGAUCAAAGACAUUCCUAGUGACUUGGAGCAACUAAUGAGACAUGUUGACUCAGAUGGCUCGGGUUUCAUCGAUUACACAGAAUUUGUCGCUGCUACGCUCGACAAGCGACAAUAUAUACAGGCAAGGAAAUCAACCCUGCAUUUUGAAGACGUAUGCUGGGCGGCAUUUCGAGUCUUCGACUUGGAUGGCAACGGCCGGAUCUCCGCCCAGGAUUUGGCGCAUGUGCUGCUGAAUACCGAUGUACAAACGGUGUUUCCAUCACCCGCCUCACUUUCCCAUGGAAUUACACAAGCCAUACCUGCAAUGGAUGCCACACAGCAAAGUAGCAGUCCUUAUGCGGUAGUAGACAAUAUGUCGCCUCAACAGCAACAGCAGCAGAUGUGGCAAGUCAAAACAAUUAUCCGUGAGGUGGACAAGAAUGGAGACGGAGAGGUCUUAAAGAGGAGAAUUCUUCCUACGCUGCAGAUCGACUUCGACGAAUUCAUGGAUAUGAUGAGGAAAAGUACCAUAUGCACUGGCACUCGCAUGAGUGUCUCAUAG